UCUGUCCCGCGCCGGGCUGGAACCUGCUCGCGCUUCCCCGCCAGCGCACCAGCCACCGCAGCCUCCUGCGCGCGCUUGGCGAGGCUCCGCGCCUUCCUCACGCUGACAUGGCUUCAGGUGCCGCCACCACCCCGGUGAAGAUUGGAAUCAUUGGUGGAACAGGCCUGGAUGAUCCAGAAAUCUUAGAAGGAAGAACUGAAAAAUAUGUGGAUACACCAUUUGGCAAGCCUUCUGAUGCCUUAAUUUUGGGGAAGAUAAAGAAUGUUGAUUGUGUCCUCCUUGCAAGGCACGGGAGGCAGCAUACCAUCAUGCCCUCAAAAGUCAACUACCAGGCCAACAUCUGGGCUCUGAAGGAGGAGGGCUGCACGCACGUCAUCGUGACCACAGCCUGUGGCUCCUUGAGGGAAGAGAUUCAGCCUGGAGACAUCGUCAUCAUCGACCAGUUCAUCGACAGGACUGCCAAAAGGUCUCAGACCUUCUAUGAUGGGAGUCACCCCUGUGCCAGAGGCGUGUGUCACAUCCCAAUGGCCGAACCCUUCUGCCCCAAAACGAGAGAGGUCCUCAUAGAGACCACUAAGAAGCUGGGACUCCGGUGCCAUCCACGAGGGACGAUGGUCACAAUUGAGGGACCUCGUUUUAGCUCCCGGGCAGAAAGCUUCAUGUUCCGCACCUGGGGCGCUGAUGUUAUCAACAUGACCACAGUUCCAGAGGUGGUUCUUGCCAAGGAGGCUGGAAUUUGCUAUGCGAGUAUCGCCAUGGCAACAGAUUAUGAUUGCUGGAAGGAGCAUGAGGAAGCGGUUUCAGUGGACCGGGUCUUAAAGACCCUGAAGGAAAAUGCCAACAAAGCCAAAAGUUUACUCCUCACGACCAUACCUCAGAUAGGGUCCAUGGAAUGGUCAGAGACACUCCAUAACCUAAAGAAUACGGCCCAGUUUUCUGUUUUACUACCAAGACAUUAAAAAAGCAUGGUUGCCCAGAAGGCAAGAAGACUUUUAAUUCUGGUCAUUUGGGGAAUUUCUACUUGCCUUGGAAAAACAGGAAAAAGACCUGCAAUUUUCCUGUCAGAAGAACAUGUGAUAAAACGGUGCACAUGUCAGCUCUGGCUUCGAAGAGACUUUGAUUGGAAAAGAGGGAAAAUGCAUUUGAUGACUUAGGAAAAACACAAGACCCCAUCAUUCACCCUUCCCUCAUUAAUUUGUAACAAUAAAGGGUGCAGAGUAGCAUUUAAUUUUUGUGUUGCUAAGGCCUCUGAAUAAGAAAUAGGGCUCAUAGGCCAGAUACUGAUGUGACUGUUACAAUGGGAUAAAUUUUUUGGAGGGCAGUUUGGGAAAAUGUAUUCAAAGACUUAAAAAAACUUAGAUCCUUUGUGCUGUUUACUCCUAGAAUUUAUCAUGAAAAAUUAUCAGUGUUACCAGAGAAUUAUAUAUGAGGAAAAAUGUUUAAUAUAGUGUUAGUUACAAUAGCAAAUAAUCAAAACAAGCUGAAUAUCCAAAAAUGGGAGAUAAAUUAUGGUUUAGCCCUAAUUUUAAAGCAGCCAACUGAAGAUCAUGUUUUAAUAGAAUAUUUAAUGGACUGGUUGCUCUCUAAUACAAAAUAAGGACAUGCAAGCAUUUAUGGUACUAAAUUCAAUUUAAAAUUCUACAUAAAUGUACAAAAAGACUAAAGAGACAUAUGUAAUCAUGUUAUAUUUUGAGGACAGAACUAAAUUAUUUUAAUUUUCUUUAUACUCUGCCUUCAUGUUUUCUACAGUGCAUAUAAAGAAGUAGUAAAAUUGUUUUGAAAAUAAAAAUGGACUUAGAAAGAUCUUGUUCUUGAAAGCACUGUUUUUGGUAAUGAAGCAAAAUUUAAGAUGGUGAUAUUAAGGAGUUCUGUUGGAGUUCCAUCUUAAUUUUGUUGAAGAGGCUCAUUCAUGACAUGCAGUCAAAACAAUACGUGGGUUUUAAAACUUAAGAAAAGCUGGAUGUUGGGCCUCCCUGGUGGCACAAGGGUUUAAGAUGCAAUCUGUGAAGCUGUCAGCAGCCACUGCAGCACGAGUUUGAACCCCAGCCAGGGAGCUACCCACAUGGCGCAGCAGACCUCUCCAGACUCACCCGCUGCUCCCCUCAGCAGUGUAUUUCAGUCAAUUUGCCUGUUCUGUUCCCCACUCUGUCUCUGGUGAAUCCUCUCCCCCCACCACACCUCUGGCCUAUACCCCAAUUCUUGUAUGCAUAAAUAAAUAAAUCUUUAAAAAAAAAAAACAAAAAGGAAAAGCUGGAUGUUUAAAAUCGAGAUCGCCGUGAAGUUGAACUAUUUAAGAGACUACACACAUUUUAGUGUGUCCGAUAUUUUUAAAGUUCCUAAUUGACUCUCAUUCUCCUUUUUAUGAGUUGAUAUUUUAUGUGAGUUAAUGAUUUUUGUUUUUUAAUAAAGAAAAUGGAAGCCUGCUUCUUAACUGCUUUUUAUUUUUCUAGGAAUAUAUUUUGUUUUCUAUCACAGUGAUGCCCUUUUUCCUCAAAAUUACUACUUUUUACCAUGGUCAAUAACAAGGUCCUUCUGUGAUGUACUUAUGCCUGUUUAAGAAUCUGUAAAGUCGAUGUAAAGUUUCUGUCUAUGAGUUUGCCUUCAAAUAAUAAGCUGUUAAUUGUAAAUGGUGAAAUAAACGAGUUACCCUCCAGCAUUAUC